AUGCGUAUGACGCAGUUCAGCGACUUUUUAAAUCCAUCGGCGGAUUUCCGUGGCUGUUCUGCGCUUCACUAUGCUGUGUUAAUGAAUGACAUAAAACUUGUUCAUUUAUUAUUAGAAAAAGGUGCUGACCCAACUUUGGUAAAUGAACGUGGUCAUCGUCCUUUCAUGUAUGCGAAAGAUCCUUCAAUCAAACAGUUGUUAAGUCAAGCAGAAUCAAAGAAAGCGAAAGAAAUGGCUGCUAAAGAACGAGAAGAGAGGCGUCUUCAACCACUAGAGAGUCGUUUGCGUAAAGUUAUUGUUGGUCAAGAAGCUGCUAUUCGCACUGUUAGUGCAGCUAUUCGACGCAAAGAAAAUGGCUGGUAUGAUGAAGACCACCCACUGGUGUUCCUUUUUCUUGGUUCGUCUGGCAUAGGUAAAACAGAGUUGGCUAAACAAGUUGCUGCAUAUCUACACAAAGACGUCAAAAAAGGAUUUAUACGUAUUGAUAUGUCCGAAUAUCAGGAAAAGCAUGAAGUAUGUUGUUUUAGUUUAUCUGUGAUUAUGAGCUAG